AUGGAGAAGUUCUACGCUUUGAUCGCGAACAUCAGAGCGAUCAGAGACUCCCUGAGGAGAAGCCAACGUAAGAGGCUGAGAAAGGAAGCGGCGAAGCCUGUUUGGAAGCCGAGGUUCGAGAUGGAAGACUUCAUGCAUGAGGAGGAGGAGGAGGACGAAGAGGAAGGCAGUGGUAGCUCGGCGAUCGGCGCGUCGAGACCUCCGAAGCAAAGGAGAAAGAAGGAGGAGAGGGAGGAGGUGGGAGAAGGAGGGAAGAGUCAUGGCUUAGAUCUGUGUCUUUCUCUCUGA